GACGUCUCGCAGCUGUUGAGGCUAGCUGUGACGUUGCUGCGCUCUAAUAACGUGCAAAUAUAAAAAGCAGCGAUGUUCCGCUUUAUUUAACGUGUUGAUUAUAUUAUCAGCGUGUUGAUAUCUGUAUCUGCGGGCCGGACGGAAACAUGGAGGCCGGAGAAGAAGGCGCCAGCGGUGCCACGCCCACAGAGGAGAUGAACGGCGCCGGGAACCUGAUGGACUUCCUGGACGAGCCGUUUCCUGACGUGAGCACGUACGAGGACUUCCACACCAUCGACUGGCUCCGGGAGAAGUCCAGAGACACAGACCGACACCGCAAGAUCACCAGUAAGAGUAAAGAGUCCUUCUGGGAGCUGAUCAAGAGUCUGCUGGACGCCUGGUCGGGCUGGGUGGUGAUGCUGCUCAUCGGACUGCUCUCAGGUACGCUGGCCGGGGUCAUCGACCUGGCGGUGGACUGGAUGACCGACCUGAAGGAGGGCGUCUGCCUGUCGGCCUUCUGGUACAGCCACGAGCAGUGCUGCUGGACGUCCAACGAGACCACCUUCGAAGACAGAGACAAGUGUCCCCAGUGGCAGAAGUGGGCGGAGCUGAUGACCGGCCACGCUGAUGGAGCAGGAGCCUACCUGCUGAACUACUUCCUCUACGUCCUGUGGGCACUGUCCUUCUCCCUCAUGGCCGUGUCCCUGGUGCGAGUCUUCGCUCCGUACGCCUGCGGCUCGGGAAUCCCAGAGAUCAAGACGAUCCUCAGCGGCUUCAUCAUCCGUGGUUACCUGGGGAAGUGGACCCUGCUGAUAAAGACGGUGACCCUGGUGCUGGCGGUGUCGUCCGGCCUCAGCCUGGGGAAGGAGGGGCCUCUGGUCCACGUGGCGUGCUGCUGCGGGAACCUCUUCUGCAGCCUCUUCUCCAAGUACAGCAAGAACGAGGGCAAGCGGCGAGAGGUUUUAUCAGCCGCCGCGGCAGCCGGAGUGUCGGUGGCCUUCGGCGCCCCCAUAGGAGGAGUUCUCUUCAGUCUGGAGGAGGUCAGUUAUUAUUUCCCUCUGAAGACUCUGUGGCGCUCGUUCUUCGCCGCGCUGGUCGCUGCCUUCACGCUGCGCGCCAUCAACCCGUUUGGCAACAGCCGGCUGGUGCUGUUCUACGUGGAGUACCACACGCCGUGGUACAUGGCCGAGCUGGUGCCCUUCAUCCUGCUGGGCGUGUUCGGGGGCCUCUGGGGGACGCUCUUCAUUCGCGCCAACAUCGCCUGGUGCCGGCGGAGGAAGACCACUCAGCUGGGGAAGUACCCGGUCCUGGAGGUCAUCGCGGUGACGGGGAUCACCGCCGUGCUGGCGUUCCCCAACCCGUACACCCGCCGCAGCACCAGCGAGCUCAUCUCCGAGCUCUUCAACGACUGCGGCGCUCUGGAGUCCUCGCAGCUCUGUGACUACAUCAACAACCCCAACACGAGUCGACCGGUGGACGACAUCCCGGACCGGCCGGCCGGCCCCGGCGUCUACAACGCCCUGUGGCAGCUCGCCCUCGCCCUGGUCUUCAAGAUCGUCAUCACCAUCUUCACCUUCGGCAUGAAGAUCCCGUCGGGUCUCUUCAUCCCCAGCAUGGCGGUCGGAGCGAUCGCCGGGCGGAUCGUCGGCAUCGCAGUGGAGCAGAUGGCGUACCACCACCACGACUGGAUCAUCUUCAAGAACUGGUGCCGGCCCGGUGCCGACUGCGUCACCCCGGGCCUCUACGCCAUGGUGGGAGCCGCCGCCUGUCUGGGCGGAGUCACCAGGAUGACCGUGUCCCUGGUGGUCAUCAUGUUCGAGCUCACCGGGGGGCUGGAGUACAUCGUCCCCCUCAUGGCGGCCGCCGUCACCAGCAAGUGGGUGGCCGACGCCUUCGGGAAGGAGGGGAUCUACGAGUCGCACAUCCAGCUGAACGGAUACCCCUACCUGGACGUGAGGGACGAGUUCACCCACCGCACGCUGGCCACCGACGUGAUGCGGCCCCGCCGGAGCGACCCUCCUCUGGCCGUCCUCACGCAGGACAGCACCACGGUGGAGGACGUGGAGACGCUGAUCAAAGACACGGACUAUAACGGCUUCCCCGUGGUCGUGUCCCGGGAGUCGGAGAGGCUGAUCGGCUUCGUCCAGCGCCGGGAUCUCACCCUCGCCAUCAAAACCGCCCGGCAGAAGCAGGACGGCGUGGUGAGCAGCUCCGUGGUCUACUUCACCGAGGACGCGCCGCAGCUGCCGGCCAGCAACCCGCAGCCGCUGAAGCUGCGACGCGUCCUGAACCUCAGCCCCUUCACCGUCACCGACCACACGCCCAUGGAGACCGUGGUGGACAUCUUCAGGAAGCUGGGGCUGCGCCAGUGUCUGGUCACCAGGAGCGGGCGUCUCCUCGGCAUCAUCACCAAGAAGGACGUCCUGCGCCACAUGGCUCAGAUGAUGAACCAGGAUCCAGAGUCCAUCAUGUUCAAUUAGAGGCGGAGACGAGCGUAGAUACGUGAACCCGGUGCGACGCUACUGUAAAGCCCCCCCCCACCUCCUGACAGGCAAGUCCCCGCCCCCCCCGGCGUGUCUUCAGUUCCACGCCGCCUGGGACGGACUCUUCUUUUCAUAUUUACACAGUUCAAACCCUCACCGUCCGAAGACGCAGGGAAACGAGUCGGAGGGAUUUUCAAACGUCCUGAUUGUCAGUUUCUUCUUCUAUGGUUUGUUUUCGUGCUGCUAGUUUAAAUACCACAUUGAGAAAGUGACCCUCAAGGGAAACGCUGAGACUGAAGUAUUUAAAUCUGUUAGAGGAGCUUCAGAGAACAAUCACCGACCACACGCCCAUGGAGAAGUUAAAUCAUUUCUAAUAAUCUCAAAAUGAAGCCACUGACCUGAAGCCAUGAGUCAGCGUUUAGUGACGACUCAGCACAAACUCACGUGUUGUUGAAGAGAAGAUUUCAGGAUCGAGAUGAGAUAAAUUAAUCUCCAAUCAAUUAAUAUGUAGGUUUGUGAAAAGGUACGAGAGCGUCACCGAUGCUUCCUGAAGAACAAGCUGUCCUGGGACCAUGUUGUCUUUACUGUGUAACCCUGGUUCAUUUGGGACUGGUGCACUUUGUGUUAUUUCCAUGUUGCUGCCAUAUUUAUAUUAACGUUCAUAUCGAUGUUCAUUUGAAUGAGUCACGUUUGUGUUGUUUGACCUGAAUCCAGCGUGAGACACUCGUCUCUGCUCUGUUUCACUUUCUGUCAUCUCUUUGUGUCAAAAGGUAAAAAAGCCUUAAAUGUGAUUUAGUCUGAUUCUCUGCAGAAAUGUUAAUGUUUAUUAUCAAGGCCUCUGCGCACACACGGGUCAGAUGUGUGGAUCGCUACAAACGAGAACGUCUUUACAAUCUGAGGAAGAAGAAAGUCUGACACUCCAGAUUAUAAUCUGUUUUCCAGUCUCUCAAUCAACUGGAAGGUUUUUCUCUGAACACAAAACAAAACGGCUCAAUUCAAUUUUCUUCCUCACAAAGUUCCUCAGAUUUCAUCUCAAACAGAAACACAGAAUGUCUCCGUCCCUAAAUAUCCAGAAUAAAAACCCUGGUGAUGGAUCUGUCUCCAUUAUAAGAUCUUCACCAGUUCUCACCUGAUGACACAUUUCUGGAAGUCAGAAUCAAAAGCUUCAUAUUGGAGCCAAACCAGCUCCACCAGUGAACCUGCUGGUGUCAACUGACGACCCAGUAUCUCCCACGUGUAGCAGGGGCCUUGAUGACAAGUUGUUUCAAACGUGAUAAAAUAAGCUCAAGUUACUUAAACUGAAAUGAUUAACUGAUGAUCCAGUAAAUCUGUCGACUCUGAAGCUAAAUGAGUCGUCAGAUUAGUUUUAUUUAACUUUAGUAAAACCAGGAAGCUGCUGGUGUUUCUCCACAGAUAAUGAAGAACAAACCUUUCUCUUUAAAGUUGUGUGUGUGUCUAUGUGUGUGUCUCCUGCUGCUCGACUGCACAUGUAGUGACUCCUCCUGUUCUAACCUCCACGGAUCAGAGCUGCUUCAUCCAAACUGGAAACUUUGAGGGAAUUUAGAAUCAAAACUGAAGAAAACACUCGAGCUCACGAUCAAGGUUGUGUUUUUAAAAGAGAAUGUACUGAACUAAAUAACCGUGUAAAUAUAAUGAAGAUUUAUUGUUGUCGUCUUUAAUUUAAGUCCAUUUUGUCUGAAACACACUGUUGUGUUGAGCUCUGCUUGUUUUUUAUUUGUCUAAACUCUAAUAUUUAUCAGAUCCAUGAAUCCAACAGGAAACAGACAUUUGCACUUUUUGUUUUUGUAAAUGAAGUGAUGGAAAAAUAAAACUGCACCAGUUCAUCUGCAGACGAUGAACCACACGA